GGUAGAGUUUCUUUCUUUUCCCUGUGCAUCCAGCCAUAUUUAUCAAUCUAGGUCUCUUCCAUCAACACUAGAGAAUCCCAGAGCUGAUUGUGAUCUCACCUACUGCACCAACCGCCCCACAGCCCGUCACAGUCUUUGCAUCGACACACAACAAUCCCUUGCUGUGCCAAACAGAAAGAAAGAGAAAAAAGUUUCUAUUUCCCUUUUUGAUUUUUUCUUUUAAAAGAACCAACGUUGUAUCUUGGGUUAUCCUACUGAUCAAUCUGCUUAUAGAACUAGUGAAAGUGCACCCUUUACAAUGGACUUGAGAAACCUUUCCUCGACUCCAAAUCAAUUGGAUUCGAUGCAACGUCGCCCGUCUCUUUCCUCACUUUCUUCAACUUCAGGUUAUGCCUCUUCAACAUAUGGUAAUACCACUCCACAACUUUCUAAUCAAAGAAUAAACCAAGCUCGUAAUUUUGCUGGAUUAACUACAAAUUCUUCUAGCACCAAUCUUCAAGGUUCUUGGUUUAACGCAGGAACUCCCCCUGGUGGAUCUACUGUUCAAACUCAAGUGGUUAAUAAUGUUGCUCCAUGGGUGGAACAACAACAAGCUCAACAACAAGCAGGUGUUGGAGCCUUGGGAAAGCCAGAAAAGCUGGGCAGCAAGAGACUGAGUUCCAAUGGACCAGGUGGACGUGUUAAUAACAAUGGGAACCAUAACAACAAUACUAAUAUUGAACAAUCAUCGAUGGUCAAUGGAUCUUCCAAUGAUAAUGAAGGAAUCAAUAGACAUGAAGAAGAUGAAGAAGAUGAAGAUGUUGAUGGUGAAGAUAGAGAACUUGAUGAUGAUGAUGAACUUAUCCCAACUGCAAUUGUAAUUAAAAACAUUCCAUUUGCCAUCAAAAAGGAACAAUUAUUGGAUGUUAUGACCAAAUUAAAUCUCCCACUUCCUUAUGCAUUCAAUUAUCAUUUCGAUAAUGGUGUCUUUAGAGGAUUGGCAUUUGCAAACUUUACUCUGACUAAUGAAACUUCACUGGUUGUUAAUUUACUUAAUGGUAGAGAAAUUGGCGGUAGAAAAUUAAGAGUUGAAUACAAAAAAAUGCUUCCAUUACAAGAAAGAGAAAGAAUUGAACGGGAAAAGAGAGAAAAAAGAGGACAAUUGGAAGAACAACAUCGUUCUACAUCUAAUGCCUCCUUAGCUUCAUUAAUGUCAACUGCUUCUACCACUGCUGCCACCAAGAACUUGAGUGUAAGUGGUAGUGGGACCCAAAACACUCUGCAAACUGAAAGACUUUUUGUUGCAUUCCCACUGCAAGUACAACUGGCCCUGCCACUCCCACUUAUUCCUGCAGAAGUCAACUUUAAUGAUCCUGAUGUAUUGGAUUUAUACACUCAACUUGUACUUUAUCGUGAUGAUUCUACCAAGUCUGUAUUUGAAUUGGCUUUCCCUCUGACUUUAACCAUUGGUCAGAGAAAAAUUCUUCUGAUUUUAGCUUCCUUUUUAAAUUUAUUGGAAUUAUAUGAUAAUGGGAUUAUCAUUAUUAGAAGAAAGCCAGGUCAAGCUCCACUUGCUAGACUGACCUUGGUAAUUUCUCCUCAUCCUCCAUCUCAUUCAUCUUCUAUGAUGAAUUUGAAUCAAUUGAAUACCAAUGGAGGUGCUACCCCUGUACCAACUGCUGGAUCUGGUCAACCUGAAUUAUUAAGAUCUCAUUCACAAUCUGCCAUUCCUAUUUCUACUAGACCAAUGACUCAAAGUUCCACUCCAAUUCAACUGCAAUUCCCUCAAUAUCAACAAUCAUCUACUGCAAAUCAAUCGAUUAGUAGUACUGGAGGAGGGAAUUCUGGAAGAUCAAUGUAUGCUCCACAAGCCACUACAUCAUCUUAUUACCAACCACCUCCCCCACCACCACAACAACAGCAACAACAACCAAACCAACAACAGGGGGGAACUACCCAACAUGGUCAAUCUUAUCAACAAGGUCCACCACCACCAUCGGUAGCUCAAGGUUCAUCACAAACAAACACUCCUGCUAUGGGAUCAAGUGCUGCAGCCUUGUUAAGAUCUUCAAAUAAUAGAUCAUAUGUUGAUGUUCGUGCCACUCCUCCAUUACAGAAUUCAUUUAUUCAUCAUGGAACGGAAUCACCAACUCCUCAACAUCAUCAUUUCUUUUCUAAUGGGAUCCAAUUACAAAGUGGUCAAGUUUCUCAACCUGGAACUCCAUUGACUGGAAGUGAUAUCAAUUCAAGAUUUGCACCAUUUGGUCAACAUUCCAACUUGACCGGUAGUUAUACGUCUUUAUCAACCACUCAACCUCAAGGACAAAACCAAUCGGGUGGUCAACCAACACCACAACCUUCAACUCAACCACCAUCGCAACCGCAACAACAACAACAACAACAACCGCAACCUUCACACCAACAUCACCAUCAACACCAUUCACACCAACAACCACCAACACAACAAGCUCCACAUUAUGUCUCCUCUGAAGAUUAUCAAGAAGGAAUUCAACAAAAAUUUGGAGGCUUGAAUUUGGGUAACACUUACGAUGCAGCCAACACCAGUGGCAGUGGAUCCAAUAACGGCAUCUGGGGACCAAAAUGAUACGAAUAUGAAGAUGUACGCUCUUAUGCUAAUGAUUAUGUGUUAUGAUUAUGAUAUAUGUUUUCCUUUCUUACAAAAUGCUGGACACAGCUAUAUAGAGUAUAUUGUAAUGAACACUG